AACCCUAAAAAUGAUCAACAUUCAGACUAUAGAAAAUGUUGCGGACUGCACACCGCUUUAUUUGCCGCACAGCUUGUACCUCAAGCCUUUGGCUAAAAUGCAAAUAUCAGUUGCAUUGCCCGAAAAAAUCAAAACCGGCAAAUCCGUAUCGAAUCUUGAGAUAAUGGAUAAACUUAGUGCAGAGCUGAAACCAGAUAAAUUUCUGGUACUCAGGGUCUCGAAGACCACGGUAAACUACAUACGCUUUGAGGCAGAGCUGGACGAACGGAAACGUUUGCGUUUGGCCAUUGAGCGCCUAGAUGGGAUCGUAUUGCGGUUGUCCGGCUUCGGUGAUUCCUUUCGGGUGCGCUGCACCGAGGCCAAGGACGAGUUUCCCACCCGUCACGAUUGGGACUCAUACUUCCGAGAUGCCCGAAACAUGGAUGAAAUGAAAGCGGGCGAACGACCAGAUACCAUACAUCUAACUCAUUUGCCCAUUCGGUGGUUCUGCCCACGACAUGCGGAGCACGAAGAGCAUGUAAAACCGAGCGAGAGCAUCUUUAAGCGAAUUUUUGAGAAAUUUGGGCCUGUCCGUGCCGUUGAUAUACCUAUUUGUGACGUAUAUAGAAAGAGCAUGCCGCCGGAUAUAAGCGGGAUGCGAACCUUUAGUUACGAGCAGGAUGUGCUCUUCGAAGCCUAUGUCCAAUUCGAGGAAUACUCGAGCUUUGUGCGCGCCAUGGAUGAAUUCCGAGGCAUGAAACUGGUGCGGAAAUUCGUCGACAAAACGCAAGCCAUCAACAUUAAUGUUAACUUUGACAAACAGAAGCAUUUAAGCGAUUCGCAUGUGCAGAGACGUGAACGUAUGAGAAAACGCUGUAUAGCAAAAGCCCAAGCCGAGGAAGAAGAGCUCGAGCGGGAGAAAAAAAAGCAAAAAGAGCUACAAGAACUUGAAAGGCAAAAGCAAGAGCAAUUGAAAUUAUCGGAAUUGGAAAAGCAGCGAGAGCGAGAAGAGAAACGCAAGGAGAAGCAUCUGAAAAAGAUACAAGAACGCGGCCAAGUGGAGAUCUCCCAAAAGAUACGCGUCGAAGAGCGUAAGCUGAUAAUAGCGCAGCGAAAACUGGAAAGCAUUCGAAUACUGGAGCAGGUAUUCGAGCGCAUACAGCUGAAACAAAGGGAAAAGAAGCAGCGUGGACACCACGAUGAAGAGAAAGACUUACAGCGUGGUCGUUUAGUCGAAAAGUACAAAUGUGCCACGGAGAAAUUGGUCUGUGACCAGCGCAAGAUUGUGCAAGAAAUCAAGACUAAUACCCCGUUAAUGGGCUUGCUCAAGAGUAAGUCCAAGAAGAUUGGGACGGUCGCAGCCAGCAGCGAGGAGGAAGAUUCAGCUACUACAAUCAAAAAGCAGAAGCUUAACGGGAACUUUAUCGGUGCAAACGCAAAUGCAGGAGCAGAUGCCGCUCUGUCGAAUUCCAAUGCAGUGCUCAACCCUUUCAAGGCAGUCACAGCUGCGUUGGCCGCCGGCGUUGUGCCGGGCCCAUCUGCAGCUGCUGCUUACAAUGGUGCGGCUGAGGCAGCCAGCGAAUGGAUGAAAUCUCUUUCCAUGUUCGGCUUAGGCAUGCCCCCCGUUUUUCCAGGCACGGCACUUUACCGUGCACCUGGACCGUCGCCAUUUGCUAUGUCCAGCAAUUAUCGUGGAUUUGCCUCGCGUGGUCGUGGCCGUGGACGCGGCCGGGGCAUGCGCGGCAGUCAUUCCUUCUCCUAUUACAAUCCUAAGCAAUACGAUAACGAUCGAUACGAAGACGAUGAUGGGGGCGAUGGCUAUUAUCACAAGGUGUCGCGAGGAAGAAAUCGUUCACGCUCCACUUCAUACUCACGUAGUCGGAGUCGCUCUCGAGGUCGUCGUCUUAUUUGUCGGUCCAGACGCAGUCGGAGCCGUAGUCGUAGUUGCUCGAAAUAUCGGAAACCCUCCUAUUCCUCGCGUUCAAGACGCAGCUACAGUCGAUCACAUUCGCGUAGUCGUAGCAAAUCACUAGUUCAGCGUAAGAAUCGAAAAUUAGCCUCAACGCGACGCUCACGGUCCAGCAGCUACUCCAGUUCACGCUCCGCUUCCCGCUCUUCUCGUCGCUCUAAUUCACACCGAGAUCGGCGCACUAGUAAUCGUUUCAAGAGUCGCAGUCGUAGUAGGAGCUGCAGUAAUUCUUCGAAACGGGUCGUUUUGGAAGCUGCUAAGCUAGUGGCAUCUGCAGAGCACAUACAGCGCACCAUUGAACAGCACACAAAGGAUCGCAUGCGGGAGGAGGUGCGCGAGAUAAAACAAACGUUUCGGCACCAGCGUAAGAGCAACCAAAGGGACGAGGACCCGGCGCCUCUUUCAACGGAUUCUGGAGGAGGAUCAAAGCAAAGGACAUGACAAGCGAGUUAGUCGCCGUAAUAUUUGCAGCUUAGACUCAUCAUACGAUUUCAGCUAACAGAGGUCACAAUGAACUAACGUGUAAAUAACUAUCA